AUGGCUUUCUUUGCUUUGGGAAAGGCUAAAUACUGUUUGAAAAGCUGUAAUUGUUCAGCCCUUGAAUUCUGUUGUGCAGAUAACGUCUGCAGACAAAGAUGUCACUACUGUUCGUACGACCACCAAUGCGGAACUAGCGAGCAAUGCUGUGAUAACAAAUGCAUCAGUAGUUCGUCUUCUUGUUUCUGUGCGAACAAGUACGAAUGUGGAUUAGGCAAGAAAUGCUGUAAAAACAAAUGCAUCCGUGAAUCGUCUUCUUGUUCUUGUACGUAUGACUUCCAAUGUGGCAUUGGAGAGGAAUGUUGUCGGGGAGUGUGUCCGUCAAACUGUGGUUUGAGCAGCGGAACUAUUGCAGGUAUUAUCAUCAGCAAUAUUGUCUUCUUCGCCUUCGUCAUUUGCACUGUAUCCUACCUCUACUGUGCUUCCUGUCCGUAUUACCGUUAUCGUGCACCCGGUGCUGUGAUCGUCACCCAACAGCCGCAACAACAGCUCGUCCCAACUCAAGCACACACGGUGACGACGCAGCAAGUACAGGCUCCUCUGCUGCAUAACUACAAGCAGCCUUCUCCAGCAGGUUACAACCAGCCUCCUUCAGGUUUACACCAAGCACCACCC